UCGAGACAACAGUUGUUGUUCUUUCUGCCGGGGCCACGCGCCGAGCUCCGUCCUUACCGUCACUAUGCCUCGAGGGUUCCUGGUGAAGAGACACCGGAGAGGCUCGGCGUCAUACCGGGCACGAAUUAGCAGCAACAACAAACCGGAAACGUACGCAGGUGACCGGAGCAGCGCGGACGGCUCUGAAGCUGCACCACCGGAGAGCCAGGUGCUGAGCGUACUCCCGUUUCAGCGGCCAGAUGGAGAGUUCCCGGUGACCCGCGAGGACCCCGCCGGUGUCAGGGAGGCGUGGAGCCCGCACAUGGAGUCCGCGCUGGAGGCGGAGGCGGACCGGCGCGCGCAGUUACCGGAGACAGAGGAGCAGGUGAGCGCGGUUCUGAGUCCUGACGGUGACUUCUCCUGCUUCUUUCCACCUCCACCUCCACCCGAACUCACGUUAGCGGACUCCUGCAGCCCCGUUAAACCGGUCGGCACGAGACUGCUGGAGCAGCACGAGGCAGGAGAAAAACAGCCGCUGUUCACGAGCAGGUGCCUGACAUCAUCCCCGGUACCGGACAUACCGGACCUGCCGUUCCUGGUGAGCUCCACUCCGACCGCAGUGUCCGCUUCUAUCGAGAGGCUCCUCGCGAGCAGCAGCAGCCGCCACCACGCGCCGUCCUACGACAAGUAUGACCCGAAUAUGGCUCACGUGCACUUGUUCCCGCCGCUGACUCUGAUGAACCAGGAGCAACCGGCCAGAAAACGGUCCUUCCUGGAACCCGAGCAGCGUCUGAACAGCAGCAGACUCAGCAAACAGCCGAACCCCGCCAAGAAGCCCAAAGUGAACCGGAGACUCACCUUCGAGGAUGAGGUCACCACCUCUCCGGUUCUCGGUCUGCGGAUCAAGAAGGAGAGUCCGGAGCUGCGCAGGCAGCGGGAGAAGCAGUCCGUCCCCACCGGGAACCAGCCGCUGGGGGAGUUCAUCUGCCAGCUGUGUAAGGAGGAGUACCCCGACCCGUUUUCUCUCGCGCAGCACAAGUGCUCCCGCAUAGUGCGCGUGGAGUACCGCUGUCCCGAGUGCGACAAAGUGUUCAGCUGUCCCGCCAACUUGGCCUCUCACCGCCGCUGGCACAAACCCCGUCCGGUGAACAACGGCCAAACCGGAGAGACUCCCACGAACAAGCCGUUAAAAGAGGGGCGAGGGCUCGUUCAGCACGAGAGGUCGCCGGUGGAGAUGGAGGGUAAAGAGAACGAGCUGCUGCGCGUGAAUCAGCAGCGCGGGCCGCUGGACAGCUCCAUCAGGCGCGAGCCCUCCCUGCUGCUCCUCCACAGCCGGGCUCGUGACAGCCCCGACAGCCUCGCGCCUCCUCACUACGAAUCCUCCGCGCAUUACCGGAGCCCGGUAGAAAGUUGCCUGGACUUGCAGCAGCAGGUGAGAGCGGCGGACAGCCCGCCGUCCAGCCUCCUCAUGCUCAACGGUAACCCGGACGAGCGCGUGGACCUACCGCCGCCGUCUCUCCCGCACCCACCUCUACCGUUUGUUCAGUCGUUACCGGAGGAUGAGGUGUAUGAGUGCCGCUACUGCGGGAAGAAAUUCCGCCGCCAGGCUUACCUGAAGAAACACCUGGCAGCGCACGAGAUGACAGCUCGAGCAUCUCCGCCCCCGUCACCUUACGGUCAGGUGCGCGAGCCCAGCGGUGGACAGAGCCAGGUGUUCCUGUGUCACCUGUGCGGCGCGCGCUUCCCGUCGGUCGAAAUCAGGGACAAACACCGUCUGUGGCACGCCAUGCGGGACGAGUUACUGGCGGGAGGAGCGCGCGGGGCGGACGGCUUCCACGCGCACAGAGAGGAGAGCGUUGGCGGGGAACGCGAGCAGCAGCAGAUCUUCACGUGCAAGCACUGUCCCUCCACGUUCUUCAGCUCCCCGGGGCUCACGAGACACAUCAACAAGUCUCACCCCACCGAGAACCGGCAGGUGAUGCUGCUGCAGAUGACGGUGCGGCCGUGAAGCGUACAGGUGUGCUCAAAAAGCGAACCGAUCAUCUGUAGAAUGAUCAGUGAUCGAUUAACGGGACAAACUGAAGUUUAUGUCGGCUCCGAGUGUCCCAGGAUCAGUUACUGCCUUUAAUUUGAAGGCCAAUAAACUUCCACAGGUUAAAUUGACAGAAAGAUGCUGCCGGUGGUCAUAAAACUGGAAAACCAACGUAAUCUUUGCUGAGUAUUAAUGAACCUAAACUACUAAAUGUAACUGUCCAUGGUGCUGAACUGACUAGCCUGAACCUCCUCUGUCCAUGGUCCUGAACCUGUCUUCAAACACCUGCAGGCUUCUCUGGUGGUUCUAAAACAAGCAGGACUGUAAUGAGUGGAACUAAGCUGCUGUUUCUGAGGGGCUGCUGGACAUUUUUCAUCUCAUUAUUAAUUUUACAGACUAACUGAGGGGUUAUUAUAAUGACAAAAUGUGUAAACUGAAGGUCAAAAUGAGCCUCUUUUUCCAUCUUUCCCGACUGAUUUGGCAUUAAAAUACAAGAACUCUACUAGUUAGAGUAAUUUUGCUUUCAUAAUUACAGUAUGGGGGAAUAACUUUGCAUAUAUCAGAACUAUGAUUGGUAGUGAAGUAAUCAGAUUACACUGGAGCUCAGGAGGAUUCUACAUUUAAAAGUCAGACAAUAACCCGUAAUCACAUUUAGAAAGUGACCUUCAUCAACCUGAAAACUGAAAACAGAAUUAUCGUCCUGUGUUUCAAAGACUAUUUCAUGUACAGUGAAAAAUACAAUUACAAAGAAAAAAAAAGAAAAAAAUCAGACCAUAAUAUGCCUUUUAUAGUAAAUGUGCCAGUUAACGUCUCAGCUAUAAAAUAUUUUCAUAAGGAAAUGGAACAUUUAAUGUUGUCUUUUUGUCUUUAUUGAGUCUACAUUACCGGUGAGACAUUUGCUAAAUGCCUUUAUGAUGCUAAAAUGUAACUGUGAUUCUAUGAAGUACUAUUUUGAUAUGGUUUAAUGUGAAACUGAUUCUAAAUUAUUGUCAAUAAAUGUUAAUACAGUA